AUGUGCUGGCCCCGUCUCUACACUAUACGUAAAAAGAAAGGCAGAGGUAAAAUGCUUAGCCGUUCCAAGUCUCCCAAAGAUAAAUAUCAAUUUGUACGGCCUACUCGUGUCGAUCCUAUCCCUCCUCCUUACCGAUCUGCAUAUGUUGUUGAGCCAACCCUCGUCCCUUUCAAUCCUUACCAGAGAAAUAUGUAUUAUCCGGAAGAGCGAGAGCGGGCGCUAGAUCAGGAAAUGGAAAGGGCACGAGAAAGAGCAAGAAGACCUAGUUGCUCAGAUUUAUUCCAUAACAUCGAUGUCAUACAACGGCUAGGCGAGAGGUUUAACGGGUUGAAUACGACAUUUGCGCAUCCAACAGCUCCACCACCACCGCCACCUCCCCCAUUUUCAUUUCCACCUGCACCACCUCCACCUCCACCUCCAUUUUCAUUUCCACCUCCACCACCUCUGCCUUCGAAGUCAAACUCAAACUCAAACGCAGGCAACAAUACUUUCUCAAGUGCCUGUAAUAACACUGUCCCUGCCAUAGCCCAAGCAAACCAGAAUUCUCCGAAUACAGCAGCAUUAGCAGCCAGAAUUAAAGAAUUGGAGAAGGAGAAGGAGUUAGCGCGGGAAAAGGAGAUUGAGAAGUUAAAUGGUGGAUUAAAUGGGAUCAGGGGAGAUAUCAAGGGUUUACAAAUGAAAUCUGAGAGGGAGGAAGGUAGAAGAGAGGGUAGGAUGGAAGUAAUGGGAAUCAAGAUUCCCAAUGCCAGUACCGGACGUACUUUUGGCGAAUCCUGGCUCAAUGCAAAUGGAGAUCUUAAUCGCAGUAUUCCCCAAACCCGUGGUCAGGAUCAAGAGGCGGAGAAUACGAAACGAAGAGUUGAAGGAGAACAUAGGGGAAGAAUAGAUGAGGACGUCCUUCUUCGCAGAAUCAAUGAUGGAUUUUCCGAGGCGAGAAAUGACCGCUUGGUGGAUGCGGAGAGGUAUCGGGAUAUGCUUGCUGUGAGGGAUAGGGAUAAUGAGAGGGGAUUUAGGAUGAAUAGAUUUGAAGAGAGGGCUGAGGGCCGGGUAGAACGGGUGGAGGAUCGUGUGGAGAGGAUUUUGGAGAGGGAGAUUUGGAGGAUGGGUUCUGGUGACAGGGAUAGAGAUCGAGGGAGGAGAGAAAGAAGUGAGUUUAGCAGAGAAAGACAUGCGAGACCGAGAAUUAUGAGAGAGAGGGAGAGGGAGUAUGGAUAUGAGAGUGGAUCGGGAUAUGGGGGUACUAGAUACCGAGGAUAUGUUUAG